GCGAGCGCAGUCGGCGCGGUGGACGCGGCGGAGCUCGGCGCCCUCGCCGCCGCCGGCGGACGGCGACCGGGAAGGGGCUGGCGAUAUGUCUGGAACGCGCAAAGACCCGGCGGAAGCAGACGACAGCCAGUGCGACUCGGGAAUCGAGUCGCUGCGCUCCUUGCGUUCGCUGCCGGAGUCCGGCCCGGCAACCCCGAGCGCCGCCAAGGAGGACGAGGAGAGCGUGCACACCUACUCGGCCUACGCCUCCGCCCCCGCCUCCGCCUCGUUUAUUGAGCCCCUGCCCCUCCCCGGGGUCUCCGAGCCUGAGGCCCCCCGCCCCGGUUCGCCACUGCCCGCCGCGAGUCCCCUUAGCGCCCAGCAGCUCGAAGCGCUCACUUACAUCUCCGAGGACGGCGACACGCUGGUCCACCUGGCAGUGAUCCAUGAGGCCCCAGCCAUGUUGCUGUGCUGCCUGGCCUUGCUUCCCCAGGAGGUCCUGGACAUUCAGAAUAACCUCUACCAGACUGCUCUGCACCUGGCUGUACAUCUGGACCAGCCAAGUGCUGUUCAGGCCUUGGUGCUGAAAGGGGCCAGCCGGACGCUGCAGGACCGGCACGGUGACACAGCCCUGCACGUGGCCUGCCAGCGCCAGCAUCUGGCCUGUGCCCGCUGCCUGCUGGAGGGGCAGCCAGAGCCAGGCCGAGGACCAAUCCACCCCCUGGACCUCCAGCUGCAGAACUGGCAAGGCCUGGCCUGCCUCCAUAUCGCCACCCUGCAGAGGAACCAGCCGCUCAUGGAGCUGCUGCUGCAGAAUGGGGCUGACAUCGAUGCCCAGGAGGGCACCAGUGGGAAGACAGCCCUGCACCUGGCUGUGGAAACCCAGGAGCGGGGCCUGGUGCAGUUCCUGCUGCAGGCGGGUGCCCAGGUGGAUGCCCGCAUGCUCAAUGGCUGCACACCACUGCACCUGGCUGCUGGCCGUGGCCUGGGCAGCAUCUCAUACACACUGUGCCAGGCUGGUGCUGAUGCCCUGUUGUUGAAUGUGGAGGAUGAGACACCCCAGGACCUGGCUGAGGAUCCGCUCACUCUCCUGCCCUUCGAUGAUCUGAAGAUCUCAGGGAAGCCACUGCUGUGUGCUGACUGAACUCGGGUAGGGAGCCUGGGGGCCGGAUGUGCUGCACUUGGACCCCUACUGGCUGCCCUUCCGGCAUCCUAAGGACUGAGGCCCAAGCCUAGGGCAGGACAGUCCUGAGUUGAGAGGAGUCUAGAAGAAGAGCUCCCGGUGGACUGGACACCCAAAACCCAAGGUGUCCUGGUGAAUCCUAGGCACCCCUCGGAGAUUGCAGAGGCAGUGGAUUCCACCAGCAUCAGCCACCCUGCAGGUGCCAUCCAGGGAGAAGGCCUGACUGCUCCCAAGUGAGAAGAGACUGAAACAGCAAAGCAGGGCCCCUAGGGUACCACCUUCCUGCUGUUGAGAAUUCAAGCCUGGCACAGGUGGUGAUGUGGGCCUAUAUUUUCAGCUACUAAGGAGGCUGAGGCAAGAGGAUCACAAGUUUGAGUCCUGCCUGGGCUCUUUAGAGAGACCCUGUCUCAAAAUAAAAAAGGCUAAGCUGUAGCUCAAGGGUAGAUCACCCCUGGGUUGAACACCCAGUACUAGAAAAAGAAAGAAAGAAAACACUUGUCUAAAGACUUCACAGAGGGCCCUGCUUCACACAGUCUUUGGGGGCAGUAAUGACACUAAAAUACUAGCAAAGACUUGAAAGU